AUGGAAGAAAAGGGGUCACGCAAUGCAGUAGCAAUUCUCUUUCAACUUCCUUUGCAGUUAUUCCGCGGUUUGGGGCGUCGAGCUUCCCUCAUCCGACUUCUCGUCGCUACUCUGCUCGCUGUGGCUCUAUAUCAGCUGUUACCACACGAAGCAAAGGUAUUUCUAUUGAGUCAACCUACAACUGCGCGCUGCAGCUCGGCGCAGCUAGAUGCCAACUUGUCAUGCCGGGCAGAUGUGAAGCAUGUAGAAAUCCCCAACAUAUUGAACUUGGUCUACGUCUUGUCUGACCCCAUCGAUGGCACAUUUCCCCUGCAGUUCAGCGACUUCCUCUCCGUCUAUGCGGCUUGGCAUCACUGGCAGCCAAAUGUCAUCUACCUUCACACCAAUGUCGAGGCCAACAGCACCGCCGUGCGCCGUGCGCAGACUGGCGAGGCAGGCAAAUGGGCCAAGCGCGUCUUUGCGAUUCCAGGUAUCGUCAUCAAUACAGUGCCCGUGCCUACGCAUGCAAGAAAUGGCUUGAGAAUCAAGGGCAUGGAGCACAAGUCCGACUUUGUUCGAGUUCAAGCUGUACACGAUUUCGGUGGCGUCUACAUUGACAUGGACGUUCACACCCUCAAGGAUCUGAAGCCCUUGAGGGAGUCGGGCUACAGCGCAGUCGUUGGCAGGCAGACGGAUGGAUGGAUCAACAGCGGGACAUUCAUGUCUGAGAAGCAAGGGCGCAUGAUCAAGCUCUGGAAAGACCGCAUGCAUGCGACGUACAAUGGCUGGUGGACGACACACAGCAACAAGGCCUUGACCCAGAUCGGCAAGGAGCUGGCCAAAGAGCCCUGCUCAAUGCUCACAUUAAGACCUUCUGCAUUUGCGCCCAUGGGAUGGAGGUCCUUUGAUACGGAGCGACUGUUUGCCAACCACUUUGAACCACGGGCAAUCUCUUUUGACAAGGACGGCGGCCUGCCCGCGUACCCGGAGGACUAUGAAAAGCCCCGAAAUUCCCUGACGACUUGGGCGCAAGACUGGAGGUGUACAUUUCUACUGCAUGCUUUCUCUCCGAAAAAGGAGAGAAACGGUGUCAAGAACAAUGGUAUUACGCCGCGCUUCGUCGUAGAGAGGAGGAGUAACUUUGCGCGUGCUGUAUACCCAAUGGUCAGAAGCAUGUAUGCAAAAGGACUCAUUGAUAAGGAUGAUCUAGAAUUAGGCAAUGAUUGA